CAUUAUUUGCAUAUGUUUUACAGAGCUCCAUGUAUUCACUGGCACUGAAGUGUCUUAUCAGCCUUUCCACCGUCAUUCUUCUUGGACUAAUCAUCGCUUACCAUGCUCGAGAGGUGCAGCUCUUCGUCAUUGACAAUGGUGCGGACGACUGGCGGAUCGCCAUGACCAUAGAGCGAGUGCUGCUUAUCGCUCUGGAGCUGAUUGUUUCGGCGGUUCACCCGGUGCCGGGGGACUUCAAGUUCAUGUGGCGGGCGAGACUGGCCUUCUCCUACGCUCCCUCGCAGGCAGAGGCAGAUCUAGACAUGGUGCUAUCUGUACCCAUGUUCCUUAGACUCUACCUCAUCGCCCGAGUCAUGCUGCUACAUAGCAAGCUCUUCACCGACGCCUCCUCCCGCAGCAUAGGGGCACUCAACAAGGUGCACUUUAACACACGGUUUGUGAUGAAGACCCUGAUGACCAUAUGCCCGGGCACUGUGCUGCUGGUCUUCAGUAUCUCCCUGUGGAUCAUCGCUGCCUGGACUGUACGAGUGUGUGAGAGGUAUCAUGAUGCUCAGGAUGUGACCAGUAAUUUUUUGGGUGCAAUGUGGCUCAUCUCCAUCACCUUCCUCUCCAUUGGAUAUGGAGACAUGGUGCCUCACACCUACUGUGGCAAGGGGGUGUGUCUGCUCACAGGGAUUAUGGGAGCAGGAUGCACUGCUUUGGUUGUUGCAGUGGUAGCCAGGAAGCUUGAACUGACAAAGGCGGAGAAGCAUGUGCACAACUUUAUGAUGGACACACAGCUCACCAAACGGAUAAAGAACGCAGCGGCGAAUGUUCUACGAGAGACUUGGCUGAUAUACAAGCACACCAAACUGAUGAAGAAAAUUGACCACUCCCGCGUACGCAAGCAUCAGAGGAAGUUCCUCCAAGCCAUUCACCAAUUGCGAAGUGUUAAAAUGGAGCAGAGAAAACUCAGUGAUCAAGCCAAUACUCUGGUGGACUUAUCAAAGAUGCAGAGCGUCAUGUAUGAGCUGAUGUCUGAGCUGAACGACCGCAGUGAGGAUCUGGAGAGGCAGAUGUUAGGUCUGGAGCAGCGGGUGGAGCAGCUGACGGCCGGCUUUAAUGCUCUGCCCGCUCAUUUGUCGGCCACGCUCACUUCCCAACAUGCCGCGCUCGUUCAACUAUUGCGUGAGCGUGAUGCCAAGGUCCUGAGCCCCACUGUGCCCUCUGCCCUCUCACCCACCGCUGCCAACCCCCUCUCCGGCUCUGGCUCCGUCCCGACUCAGCCCACCGAGGACAGUCCUAACACCAGCAGCUCCAGCUGCUGAGACCCCGGUGUGGGAAGUUCCCUCCGAGGCAGAGAGAUAGAGGAUUAGUCGAAACGAAGAGAUGACAUAACCAUACAUACGCAUUCACAUAUGAUGCACUAUAACAACGAGCAUAACACAGCUUAACGCCAGAAUAUACAGUGUAAUGAUGAAGGAGGCGCUGACAUUUGCACAAAAACCCUAUGAGAAAACUGCCAUAUUUCAUGUAGUCCACAAGACGGACGUACUCUACUGUUACCAUGAAUGUAUACAUUUUAGAAGACACUGACUCAGACAUGUUAACAUGCAUGGACACUCACUCACUCACUCACUCACACACAAACACACACUUUUUCUGAUUCUGUCUUUGCUACCAAAGUGCUCUGUCUAUAGUUGACUAAAAAUUGAGUGAGGUGUGACUUGCAAAACAUGGAACUAGGGUGCUUGGUAUUAGAGAGAUUAUAAAUAAUCAACAGCUGAGAAUGUUAUGAUAUCUGGACAGCACUUUUUACAGUCUGCAAGAGACUAACAGCCAUUUGAGCAAAGCAUUAUUUCGAAGAGCAACGCUGAAGCCAGUAAAUACGUUAUAAAACCCACCCCAUCAAGGUGGAACAGCUGCUCACACGGAAAUAACUGUAGAAUGAGUGAUUAUAGUCAUUUUCUUAGUGGGAUUGCUUCUAUUAUAAUGGUGUUGGAAUAAUAGACUAUUUUACUUCUGACCCCGUUUCAAUGGAGAGACCAUUUUGAAAACUGACUAAUAGUGACAUCCUGUGGCCGGAAUACUGAAUUACAUCCGCUUGGAAUAUUGUACAGUAUGCUACUACUGAAACUUAGCUUUGUAUCGCUCAGUUUUUUACCAUUAAUAAUUACUGAUGCAGUUAUAGCUCACAUUUAUUAUAAUUAUACGAUAGCCUUCUUCUCAUUCGUCAUGGAAAUUAUGAUUGCUGUAUAAAUAACGAUUUUUAUUAAUAUUAAUUAUAGAUAAGGGAGGUGCCGUUUGAGGUUGAAAUUAUUUUGUAAUUUUAUUUUACCAGAGAGAAUUAAUAAAGUAUAUAUAUAUACAUGA